AUGAUUAUCCUUUUCGCGUCCGCGCUUUUCUUCGCAUCCUUGUGCAAUGCAGGAGCAGAGCUAGAAUUGAAUAUCGGGAGGAAGAUAGAAGAAAAUGUCAUUUCUGAGCUCCUUCACCGUGUCCUCGACGUGUCUCUAACGUCCCAUCAACAGCUUUUCCUCAUCAGUGAAAUGGAAGAUGUGGACGUGGUGAUGGGGCGUGACGACCUGACACGGACAAUCUUCACAUCCAUCAAAGAAAUGAAGGGGAUGGAGUUCUCGAGCAGUAGAAGCGACUUCUACAUCGUCUUGGGAUCUACGGAAUGGGCCGAAAAGGUCCUCGAGGCUCUUUAUUCCAUUCGACCUGAAAUGUGGUGGACGAGCAAGGCCCUCUUCGUGCUCGAGGCUCGUCCAGGGGAUGACUGGAUCCAGGAAGCUGCCAAUCUCAUGAUCCCCAUAACUGUGGCGAAAAGAAUCCGGCCUGAUAUGUUUGCCUUCUAUGCCGUCUGUCCCUUCUGCAAUGGCUCUCAUCCGGGGAUGCAGUAUAUUCAGAUGUGGAGGCCAGGAUCCAAGGGUAUUUCCAAGAACCUCUUUCCAGAUCUUCUGAAUGAUUUCCACGGGAAGGAAUUCAGGGUUUCGGCAGCGCAUGCGCCAUUUUUCUACGAGUGGUCCGCGAAUGGAACGAUGGAAGACUGGACUGGCUUCGAAGGAGCAGCCCUCAAGGCCAUGGCCCUUCACUUCAACUUCCGGGUCAUCCCAACCCCCGCAAGAACCGGCGUGACGGGGAAACUCGUGAACGGGACGUGGGAUGGUCACAUCAGGAUGAUUUUAGAUGGGAUAACAGAGUUCGGCGUUGGGAAAAUCUCCCAGACCUGGAUCAGGAAUCAAUACGUCCAUUUCACCACUAUGGUCACGAUCGAGGCCCAGUCCUUCAUCGCACAGAAGCCGCAAUUAUUGCCCUACUCUGGCACCGUCUAUCGACCGUUCACACCUACCGUCUGGAUCCUUUGCGCUAUCUCCAUCGUCGCGAUGGGAAUUACAUUUGCCCUUUGCAGGCAAAGGUCAUUCAAUGGUCUCAAGGUAGAGGAUGAGAUCUUCAUGGCCUACGGGAGCUUCAUGGUCAAAGGCUUCCGGAAGCUGGAUAACGAGGUGACAAGAAUGCGAUUGAUCAGGACGGUUUGGCUCAUCUCUUGCCUCUUUAUAUCUCUUAUAUACAAUUCUGUGAUAUCGAGUUACAUCAUCUCCCCUAGCACAACCAGCCCGAUAAAUACACUAGAAGAAGCUGUCCAGAGGACCAAUAUCCCCUUUACUAUCUUCCUCGGCAACGACGCCUUAAUUCAAACCAUUCGGGAAUCUGACAACCCAACGUAUAAGAUCGUAGCCAGUCGCCUGAAAUUGGUUCCUUCCAGCAUUCCUCGCGCAACCCUCGACAACAUAUACAUGGACGUGCCGUUUCAGUUGGACCUGGAGAUUUGGAAGCAGAAGGAAGCAGGAAAUCCCGUAUGGACGGAGGUCCGCAUCGCUGAUGAAACUUUCACGGCAAUGCCUUCUGCCUGGCCCAUCCGCAAGUACAAGCCCUACAAGCCCAAGAUAGACCUCUUCAUCCAGCGCCUGCACGAUGCCGGGCUCUUCAACAAGUGGAUGUCCGAUAGCAAAAUACCGCUUGGGGCUUACUUCGCUCUCAAGGACGUCGUCAGCGUCUCGGCUGAGGUCAAGCGGAUUUCAUUCGGGAUCGUUCAUGUUCAAGGCAUCUUCUAUGCUCUUGCGUUUGGAUUGACAUUGGCGUCGUUCGUUUUCAUCUCAUCAUUACCGAGGCAUCGGAAUCGAUACGACAUUAAGGGUCAACUGUCUACCGUGGAGGCUGGAGCAUAUAAUCUGUGUUCCAUUGUGCUCCAAGCAGCAUACCUUCCAGUGCCAAACACAACGAGAUACAUCAAGAUGGUGUACGAGCCAUGGUUGCUUCAGAAAGAUCCGACGUACGUGAACAAGAAUUGGAACCAAUCUCUGGCAGCCUGCAAGGCUGAGGGGGCGUGGCUGGCCAUCGACAACGACGACACGAUCCACAAAUACCUGUACGAUCUUCUUAUGGCCAAUGGAAUCUAUCCCGACUAUAAGUGCCUCUGGAUCGGCGGCUAUUCCACGAUCGACAAAUGGCACUGGGAGCUUCUCGAUGGCAAGUUUAUGGGCGGAUAUAAGAUAGGUUGUUGCUUCUCAUGA